AUGCUGGAGAAAAUUGGGUUGCCUGCGAAGCCGUCUCUGAGGGGGAAUAGUUGGGUGGUUGAUGCCUCCCAUUGCCAAGGAUGCUCCUCACAGUUCACUUUCAUCAAUCGCAAGCACCACUGUCGAAGGUGUGGGGGCAUAUUCUGUGGCAGCUGUACACAGCAACGGAUGGUGUUGCGUGGACAAGGCGACUCACCCGUUCGUAUCUGUGAACCCUGCAAAAGGCUCGAAGAGGCUGCACGAUUCGAAAUGCGAUAUGGUCAUAAAAAUAGAGCUGCAAAAGGUGGCUCCAGAUAUGGUUCAAAAAAAGACGAGGAUAUUCUUAGAGACAUUCUUGGCAAUGAGGCAAAAUUUGAAAAGAAAGGCGAAUCGUCAUCUUCUUUCCCAAAUCCGGUCGAAGUUGGAGAUACAGUUAGAAACCCGUCUCUCGAUCUGAACGAGAUGGGCUCAAUUGCUACCACCCCCGAAGACUUGCGUCAACAAGCCAUGGCUGAAAAGAAUAAAUACAAAACAUUGAAAGCUGAAGGAAAAUCUGAAGAAGCCUUGCUUGCCUUCAAAAGAGGGAAAGAGCUAGAGAGGCAGGCUGCAGCCUUGGAAAUAUCUUUGAGAAAAAACCGUAAGAAAGCUACCGUAAAUGAUACACAGAAAAUCAAAGAACAUUCCAACCCAUCCGUGGAUAAUAAUAGGCUCACGGCCAAAAAGACUGGAGAAACAGAUGAUCUUUUUACCGAGCUCAAAGAUUUAGGAUGGUCAGACCAAGACCUCCGUGAUGCUGAGAAAAAGCCAGCCACAUUGUCUGUGGAGGGUGAGCUUUCGUCACUUAUAAGGGAAGUCUCUCAAAAACCUAUAAACGAGAAGGUAACUGUUAGUUCUGACAAGUCUCAGGUUAUUGCUCAUAAGAAAAGGGCCCUUGAGCUGAAACGUGCUGGGAAUCUUGCUGAGGCUAAGGAAGAAUUAAAGAGAGCGAAAAUUCUUGAGAAGAAAAUUGAGGAGGAAGAGCUUCUGGACGGAGCCAAUGAUUCUGAUGAUGAGCUCAUGUCGUUAGUUAAUAAUAUGGAUGGAGAUGAACACGAUCAUGAUUUUUCUGCAGGAAAUAAAUCCAAUCUCAAUUUUAAUUUCGGUCAUUUUACUGGGAUUGGCGAUGAUCUUGCAGUCGAUGGUAAUUUGGAUGUGACUGAUGAGGACAUGUAUGAUCCUGAAAUAAAUUCUGCUUUGAAAUCAUUGGGUUGGGUGGAAGAUAAUACAGCCGAUCCCAACAAUUAUGACCAGGAAGCAUUUGCAACUGAAAUUCAGUCAUUAAAAUUGGAAGCUGCGAAUCAGAAAAGGGCUGGGAAUAGUGCAGAGGCAUUGACACUGUUAAAAAAGGCUAAAUUACUCGAGAAGGAGGUUGAAAGUUCAAAUACUCGUGGAAUGGAAGAACCAUUGUUUUCCAAUGGUCCUAUCGUUAUCGAUUCGGGCCUCAAUUCGAUUCCAAAGAGUAAAAUGGCGAUCCAAAAAGAACUUCUUGCUGUGAAAAGGAAGGCUUUAACUCUCAGAAGGGAAGGUAAAUUAGAUGAGUCAGCAAAAGAACUGGAAAAGGCUAAAGCUCUCGAGGAUCAGCUUGAGGAUAUGAAUAGAUCUCCACCAAUCAUCCAGUCAAGUUUUGAGAAUAGACCAAGUUACACUAACCAGUCACAUAGUACUAGUCUUGAUAAUAAUGAAGACGAAGAGGAUGUCACAGAUCAAGAUUUGCACGACCCAGCUUAUCUCUCUCUUCUGAAGAACUUGGGGUGGGACGAUGAAGAUAAUGCCGAUGUUCCUUCAACGGCCUCGAAAGAAAACAAUAAACCCUCAAAGCAUACGAGUAACUCUUCCAUUAGUCAGCCAGCUGUGAAUAAUGAAGUCAGUGGCAAUUCCAGAAAAAGUAAAAGUGAGAUCCAGAGGGAAUUAUUAGCGCUGAAACGAAAAGCUCUUACCCUGAGACGACAAGGAGAGGCCGAGGAGGCUGAUCAAGUUCUGAAAAUGGCAAAAUCAUUGGAGGAAAAGCUUCAUGAGUUUGAAGAACCAAUACGGAGAGACGAUAAUUCACCGGAACACAACACAACAAAUGCGCCACAAAACCCUGAAUCUUCACUUCAAGUGGAUUAUUUAGAAAGGCAAGCAAGAGAUAACGAUCCAGUUGUUACAAGUCCGGAUAAACCAAAUUCAAGUGCCGAGAAACAAAAUUCAAGUCCCACGCAACAAGAAAUAUUAGCUCUGAAGAAGAGAGCAAUUACAUUGAAGAGAGAAGGAAAACUUGAGGAGGCCAAAGAAGCCCUCCGCAAGGCGAAGCUCCUGGAGAAGGCCGUCAACUCUCCUGCUGACGAGGAUCUUGGCCCAGUCCCAGGCCCAGUCCCAGUUCCAGUCCCAGUCCCAGUUCCAGUCGCAGUCCCAGUCCCAAACCCGAGUCCAAGCUUGUCCAGUCGGGAGCGGUUUAAGCUUCAGCAGGAGUCACUGAGUCACAAGCGUAAUGCACUGAGGCUUAGAAGGGAAGGUAGAACGGCAGAGGCCGAUUCAGAGUUUGAGGUUGCGAAAGCUAUGGAGGCCCGUCUGCAGGAGGCCGAACCUUCUAAUUCGUUUUCCAGUGGGGACGAUGUUGCGGUUGAGGAUUUUCUGGACCCUCAGCUUCUGUCGAUGCUGCAGUCAAUCGGGUUGGGUGAUGGCUCUAUGGCAGGGUCACCGGAACCUUCCGCCGAGGAUGCUGAUGUGGAGAAGAGGCAGUUGGCCGAAAGGAUUAAGGCGGAGAAAGUUAAGGCGGUGAAUUUGAAGCGUUUGGGAAAGCAGGCCGAAGCCUUGGACGCCCUCAGGCGGGCCAAACUUUAUGAACGGAAAUUGCAAUUUUUGACUUCAUAA